AUGGACUCUGACGAAGAAGGUUUAAUUGCGCUACUUUUGAUAAAAAGACGUCGUCGUAGAAGACGAAACCGUAGUUAUUGGAUACAUCCAAUUUUAACGAAUGUACACAAAUGCAACGAACAUUUCGAUAAUCUUCUAAACCAUCCUAAAAAGUUUUUCAAACAUUUUCGUUUAAGCAUAGGUACGUUUUGGGAACUACAUGCUCUAUUAUAUGCUGGAUUAAAGCACCACGAUACCAACAUGCGGAAAAGCAUCGCACCUGCGGAAAGACUAGCUAUCACAUUAAGGUAUCUAGGAACUGGAUGCUCGUUUGAGGAUUUUGAACUCUCUUACCACCGUGGAGCCUCUACAGCAAGGAAAAUAGUACAAGAAACAUGUCAACUAAUUUGGAACUAUUUAAAAGCCGUUUGUAUUCCAGAACCGACCCAAGACAUGUGGAAAGAAAUUGCCAGCGAUGGGGCAUACGGUAAAGCAUCCGAUUCUACAAUAUUUAGAGAAAGUGAACUGUGUAAUAAAAUACACAGAAAGACAUUAAAUAUCCCCUCACCACGACAGGUCGGUAAUCGACAACCACUGAACUAUACAUUUGUUGGUGAUGAAGCAUUUGGCCUCAGUGAAAAUAUGAUGAGGCCAUAUGCUGGAAAAUAUUUGGACUUAGACAAAAAAGUUUUCAAUUAUAGGUUAAGCCGUGCCAGACGUUGCAUUGAGUGUACCUUCGGCGUACUAGCAAACAAAUGGAGAAUAUUACAUCGCCCAUUAAACACUUCUGUUCAUUUCUCAGAAGACAUUGUGAAAGCUUGUUGCAUUUUGCACAACUUUAUUCGCAAAAGGGAUGGCUUCAAUUUUCGGCACACUUUGAAAAUAGUGGGACUCGAAAAUAUACAAAAUACAGGCUGGCCAGUAACACGAGCGUCUACGGCAAGAGAUACGUUAAAAGAUUAUUUUAUGAAUGAAGGAGCAAUACCGUGGCAAGAAAAUGGAAUAUAAAUAUUUGGUUUUAUAUUAUUUUAUUAAACUUACCUUCAAUGUUCUUUU